CUCCACAGUGAUGAUCUUUGCUCCAUAGUGAUGAUCUUACGAAGUUGCAUUCUGGUUGGAGAGUAAUUUUGGCUUAAAGCGAGAGGGGAAAAAACACAACACUCCAGGUGCCUUUUCCUCCUUGGUCUCUGUUUUCUAUGCAUGCCAGUGUUAUGGAUCUGAAUUCUUGAUGCGCCAGCGAACUGCCAAAACCCCAGGGACUUGGGCAGGAAAAUGACAGGAGGAGAAUCCUUGCCAGAGAGCCCACCUUCCCCCAGGAGGGGAGGGAAACUUGCUUCCCAGCCAGCUCUCUGUGUAGCUAUUUAAAUCCUGGAUGAGGAAACAUUUGACUCCUGGGAAGGGAAGGAGACCCAAGUGGCUUUCCAGCUGGCAACGAAGAGAGAUUUGAAUAUCAUUGGGGACAUUGCUGGAUCUGGAUCUGAGAUUUGGUCUCCUGCCCUUGCUGCCACCCUCCUGUUUGUUGGUGGAGAGAUGCUUCUUGGAAGAACUGGUGCUUCUGUGCCAUGAACCACCCACUUUCUUCUGGUUGACUUCCCUCCCACCCCCUCUGGUUUCCUGGAAUUCCUGCCCUUUCUCUGCUGCCCCAGCAGGGCAUGUCCCGCUCCAACAGUGUGAGCCCUCCGGGGUUUGAAGCUGCUGCUGUGCCCAGGGGUGGAGGGGCAGAGCCACAUCGCUCUGCCUGGGGAGAAGCUGAAUCCAGAGCCAAUGGCUACUCCUACCCUCUCCCUACCAGGGCCUCAGUCAAGGAAUCGUCCAGAAUGGUGAGCAGGUGGAGGAAUGAGGAGGAGUAUGAUCUGCCAGGUGGCAGGAACCAUGGGGUAAGUGGCUGCAGGAUGAUGAGCUUCAGGUCCAAAUCUGCUUGGCAGGAUCGUAGUGUAGACAAGAGCCAGCACUCCUGUCGGGCAGGAGAUCCCUCCCUUGCCCCAAGUCCGAGGCAUUAUGGUAACGAACAGGGCGAGGUGCGUCCACGAUCUGUGGAGCUGGGACUCGAGGAGAAACGGAUCAAGGCCAAGAUCGACGAGCUGGAGGAGGAGGAACAGGGGAGUGAUGAAGGGGGGUCCGAGAUGAUCUUCUCAAUGGGAAGCUGUUGUGGGAGCCUGCUGCAGAUCUUCAGGUCUAAGAAGUUCCAGUCUGAGAAGCUGGAGCACCUCUACCAGCGCUAUUUUUUCCGUCUCAACCAGAGCAGCCUGACCAUGCUGAUGGCAGUACUAGUCUUGGUGUGCCUGGUCAUGCUGCUCUUCCACGCUGUUCGUGGCCACUAUCAAGUGCCAUACGUGGUGGUGCUGUCCCUGGCCAUCCUACUAAUGGUGUCUCUGGGGGCCGUCUGCAACCGGAAUGAUUUCCACCAGGACCACAUGUGGCUCAUGUGCUACUCUGUCAUCCUUGUGGUGUUAGCUGUGCAAGUUGUUGGCUGCUUGCUAAUGCAGCCCAGAAGUGCCUCAGAGGGCAUCUGGUGGACCAUCUUUUUUAUCUACAGCAUCUACACUUUGCUACCCAUCAGGAUGAGGGCAGCAGUCAUCAGUGGUGUGGUGUUGUCUGCCAUCCACCUGGCCAUUUCUCUCAAAAUCAAUGCAGAAGACAAGGUCUUAUUGAAACAGCUGGUAUCCAACAUCCUCAUCUUCAUCUGCACUAACAUUGUAGGAGUGUGUACACACUAUCCAGCUGAGGUGUCCCAAAGACAGGCCUUUCAGGAAACAAGGGAAUGCAUUCAAGCUCGUCUACAUUCUCAGAGAGAAAACCAGCAGCAGGAGCGUCUCCUGCUUUCUGUACUGCCUCGCCAUGUUGCCAUGGAGAUGAAAGCUGACAUUAAUGCCAAAAAAGAAGAUAUGAUGUUUCAUAAAAUUUAUAUCCAGAAGCAUGACAAUGUCAGCAUCCUGUUUGCAGACAUUGAGGGUUUUACCAGUCUCGCUUCCCAGUGUACUGCUCAGGAGCUGGUCAUGACGCUGAAUGAACUCUUUGCCAGAUUUGAUAAGCUUGCUGCUGAGAAUCACUGUUUACGUAUAAAAAUUUUAGGUGAUUGCUAUUACUGUGUAUCUGGAUUACCUGAGGCCAGAGCAGACCAUGCACACUGCUGUGUUGAAAUGGGAAUGGAUAUGAUAGAGGCCAUUUCAUUAGUACGAGAAGUGACGGGCGUCAACGUGAAUAUGCGAGUUGGAAUCCACAGCGGGAGAGUUCACUGCGGAGUCUUGGGCCUCAGGAAAUGGCAGUUUGAUGUGUGGUCAAAUGAUGUCACGUUAGCCAAUCACAUGGAAGCCGGUGGCAAAGCAGGGCGAAUCCACAUAACAAAAGCUACACUAAACUAUCUGAAUGGUGAUUAUGAAGUGGAGCUGGGCUUUGGAGGGGAACGUAAUGCUUACCUCAAGGAGCAUAGUAUAGAGACUUUCCUCAUUGUCCGAUGCAGCCAAAAACGGAAAGAUGAGAAAGCAACAAUUGCCAAAAUGAAUCGCCAGCGUACCAAUUCCAUUGGUCACAACCCACCACACUGGGGAGUAGAUCGCUCCUUUUAUAACCACUUAAGCACCAGUCAAGUUUCUAAAGAGAUGAAAAGAAUGGGUUUUGAAGAUCCAAAAGACAAGAAUAUCCAGGAAAGCAUGAAUCCAGAAGAUGAGGUGGAUGAGUUUCUAGGCCGCGCAAUUGAUGCAAGAAGUAUCGACCGGCUACGUUCAGAGCAUGUUCGCAAGUUUCUGUUAACGUUCAGGGAGCUUGAUUUGGAGAAAAAGUAUUCCAAACAGGUGGAUGAUCGAUUCGGUGCAUAUGUGGCUUGUGCUUCCCUAGUCUUCCUCUUCAUUUGCUUUGUUCAGAUCACAAUAGUGCCACACUCAGUGUUUAUGCUGGCGUUUUACCUGUCCUGUUUUGUGAUAUUGACCACAGUAGUGUUUGUUUCGGUCAUUUACUCCUGUUUAAAGCUGUUUCCAGUUCCACUCCAGACUCUUUCUCGGAAGAUUGUUCAGUCCAGGACCAAUAACACCCUAGUUGGGGUCUUCACUAUUGUACUGGUUUUUCUCUCAGCCUUUGUCAAUAUGUUCACCUGUAGUACUGUGGACCUUCUCGACUGCAUAGCUGCAGAGUAUAACCUCACUCCUAAGGCGAAUGUGUGCCAUAUUAGCUAUUCCAAUUAUAGCCUGGAAACCACACAAGGAUUCUGUGCUACUUCCCAGCCAAACUGUAACUUUCCAGAGUACUUUACCUACAGUGUUUUACUGACCCUCCUGGCCUGCUCGGUGUUCCUUCAGAUCAGCUGCAUUGGAAAACUCAUUUUGAUGUUGAUUAUUGAAUUUAUCUAUGUCCUCAUUGUGGAAGUGCCAGGGCUUACCCUCUUCGAUAAUGCCGAUCUUCUGGUUACAGCCAACGCCAUUGUGUUUUCCAAUGAGACUGAGAAUGGAAUGUGUCCUUCCAGUGUGUCCAGGGUUGCUUUGAAGAUUGUAACCCCUGUUGUGAUCACUGUUUUUGUCUUGGCGGUAUAUCUACACGCACAGCAGGUGGAAUCCACAGCAAGGCUCGAUUUCCUUUGGAAGCUUCAGGCUACUGAGGAAAAGGAGGAGAUGGAGGAGCUGCAGGCAUAUAACAGACGGCUUCUCCACAAUAUCUUGCCAAAGGAUGUAGCAGCCCACUUCCUUGCGCAGGAGCGGAGAAACGAUGAACUGUAUUACCAGUCGUGUGAAUGUGUGGCUGUCAUGUUUGCUUCCAUCAGCAAUUUCUCAGAAUUCUAUGUUGAGUUGGAGGCCAACAAUGAAGGUGUGGAGUGCUUGAGGCUCCUCAAUGAGAUCAUUGCUGACUUUGAUGAGAUAAUAAGUGAAGACCAAUUUCGACAGUUGGAAAAGAUCAAAACAAUAGGCAGCACAUAUAUGGCUGCUUCUGGCCUUAAUGAUUCCACCUAUGACAAGGUGGGCAAAACACAUAUCAAGGCCCUGGCGGACUUUGCAAUGCGGCUAAUGGAUCAAAUGAAAUACAUCAAUGAGCAUUCGUUCAACAAUUUCCAGAUGAAAAUAGGGCUCAAUAUUGGUCCCGUAGUAGCUGGGGUCAUAGGCGCACGUAAGCCCCAGUAUGAUAUUUGGGGAAACACAGUGAAUGUAGCUAGUCGGAUGGACAGUACAGGAGUCCCUGAUAGGAUUCAGGUAACUACAGACAUGUAUCAGGUUUUAACAGCCAACAACUACCAACUGGAAUGCCGAGGGGUUGUGAAAGUCAAAGGUAAAGGAGAGAUGACCACCUACUUCCUAAAUGAAGGCCCACCAGCAAGUUAGCGACAGUGGGCAAGAAUGACUUACAAAUGGCUCCAUUUGAUUCAAAUAUAAUAGCAAGUUGGAGAAAAUUUCACUGUUUAACAGUGAAUCUAAUCCCAAGGCAUAGUUGAGUAUUUCAUGUGAUGCCUUUUUAGUAGGAUUGUGUGCAAAGGAAAAAGAAACACAGCCCGGGCUGCAUAGCACACAAUUCAGAAGUCACCUAGCACUGCUGCAGUUCUUUUUCCUAAGCUGAACGUUAAGUGAAUUGACCAAAGAUUUAUGCUUAAUGGAGUAUGGAGAUGAAGAGGUGGAUUUGAGAUCUUCAUUGUGGCUGCUACGCAGGACUAACUAUUUAAGUAUUUAUUUGAAGUAACACAAUGUUUUUACUGGUGGAAGGAAAGUAUGAUUCAUUGCAACAAAAGGAAAACAAAACAACAAAAAUGAACGACGUUGUUUUGGAAAGGCUGUGCACUCCCAUACUAUUUCUGGUCUGUGCUGUCAGCUCCUUGAAUGUGCCACUGUUCUUAUAUUAGCUGUUUGAGUGGGCUUUUAAAAUUAGAGAUGUUGCCCACUGUAACUCUUUACAAAGGGCCUUUUUUAUGAUGCCAUCAGUAAUGUUUUUAAAUGGAAAAGUUGCCUUGUUAUGUACUCUUGCUAUCCCUACUCUUACACAAAUGUGAGGUUUCCUCAUUUUAGCAAGAGAGGUAUAUUUAAAGGAGAGAGAGGAAUUGUUUAAAGUGAGGAAAAAGAAUUUUUCAUAUGUAUUUAUUAAAUGAAAAGACCUCCUCACUCCUGUUGGUGCUUUUUGGUUCACACAUGAAAUUAACAUGAAGUAUCUGGUCAGGGAGAUUUCUCUGAUAUGAAUGGGAUUAUUGGUUCGGGAGGUUUUGUAUUUUGUAAUAUGGGAGACACUGACACUAACAAAUAUACCAAAAUUCUAUAUUUUGAGAAUUUUAUGUAUUAAAAUUUCAUCCCAAUUGUGCAACAGUGAUCGGCUUGCGUACCUGCUAUAAUGGGGUACAUACAACCACUAUGUGAAAAUGUAGAAAGAGGACUCGCAUCCAGCAGUCUAAGCAAGCACUUAACAUCUGGUACAGCUGCUUUCAUCUUUUGGGUGGAGCAAGAGAAGAAGUACCUUGAUGUGUUCUUACACACUCCAUAGUUGACUGCAUGUAACAUACUUUCCCUUCUCUGUCAUAAUCUGCUCAGUGGGUAGAAGGGAAAUGAGAGCCCAGGUUGUGUCCCUUCAGUCUCCUUGAGAGCUGGUCAGUGAGAGAGAGGCCUUUCCUCCAGUUCUGGUCUCUCUCUUAAUUCAGCAGGCAGAAGGAAGCCUCUUGCUGGGUGCGCACAUCUUUGGGUCGAUGCUGGUGGCUGUGCACAUAACAGCAUCUUGGGAGGUGUACAUAAGCUAUAAAAUUGUGGAUGUUCUUUUUGUACUUUUCAGAGUUGCAGACUUGGCAGUUUUCAAAUUCUGUACAGUCCAGGAAGCAAGCAGAAGUAAUAUUUUAAAGGGGCUCCAGGAUAAAUUUUUAAAAAGAAAUAAAGGAUACAAAACCUUAGGCUAAGAUGAUGAAGAAAAGCAAGAGCUAAUCCAAAUAAAUUUAAAACAUAAAAUGUAUUCCCAAUUUUGAAAUAGCUUUUGAAAUAUGUGAAAGGUGAAAGGUCCCCUGUGCAAGCACCGAGUCAUGUCUGACCCUUUGAGGGGACGCCACUUUCGUGAUGUUUUCUUGGCAGACUAUAGAGCAGGGUGGUUUGCCAUUGCCUUCCCCAGUCGUCACCUUCCCCAGCAAGCUGGUACUCAUUUUACUGACCUCGGAAGGAUGGAAGGCUGUGUUGAUCUGAGCUGGCUACCCAAAAGAGAAUCCAGCUUCCGCUGGGAUUGAACUUGGGUCGUGGGGAGAGUUUUCAGUUGCAAUACUGCCGCCUACCACUCUGCACCACACGAGGCUCAUUUUUGAAAUAUACAGGAAGGAUAUUGGGAUAAAAGCCAUUUCCAAUAUCCAAAGAACCAAAAUUUAAAAAUACUUAACAGUUUAUUUAAUUAAUGUAUAUAGAACUACUGUGGAAUAUUGUCUAGAAAUGUUGCUCUCAUGGAGAGGUGGGAGUUGAAUUCUACUUUUAAUUCAUUGAACAUGGCAUUUAGUUCAAAGGGUUUGGGAAGGUUUUUUUUUUUUUUUCUAUAACCAAACAAAAUUGAUUGCAGAUGCCAGGGUGGUCUAACUUGUUGAACAACUUUAAAGAAAGGGGGGGACUGUUAAUGCAUUUAUAAAUGAGUUCAUCAUGAAUUUUAAAUGCCCUUACAUUUUAUUAAAAUAUUACAGCAUAGAAAUCAUAUAUUUUUAUAUUUCAGUGCAGGAAAAGAAUUGAUAUUAAACCUGGCUAUCUCUAAAACGAUUAAUAGCUUUUGACAGAUAGUUUUCCACUUUUCAAGACAGACUUUCAGUAAUAUUAAUAAGCUGAAUGACUACUGCUAACAGUUAUGACAUGCAAGAGGGGGCUCUUAACUUUGACUAAGAAAUUAAAUAAAAUCCUUGAUCUUAAUUUAUUAAAUUGCUUGACAUAAUUCUCAUGUGGAGCUCUUUUAAACAAGAACUUGGUAGUAUCUCAUUUCCCUUAUGUUCAUUCUUUUCCCUUCCACUCUGGCACAUCCUGGAGCCAUAUCACAGCCUGGUUUGUAGAAAACUGCCAAGUUUGUCCUUGUACUAUAUAUUUUUUAACCUUUAAACAAAAUCUGAUUUCUAAAGGUCUUUAUUUACACGGUACUGCAGCUUGUUCAUUACCUUCCACCCUUUCUUUCUGGCAUCAUUUACCACUUCCAAAAUUUAAUUAAUAGCACAAUAUAGGAUAAUUUUUUUAGGUUGGCCUCCUGCUUUGAAGUGUGCAUUAACAUUUGAGCAGACCGCCUUGCGCGAUUGUGUUGUCAAUGAAAUUUUCAGUCGCCUGUAUCUCUGACUGUGAUUGUUGACUGUGUCAUGAUCAUUUCAAGGGGUAUGCACUCUUUAUUCUGGCUCUUGCAAGAUGGAUACAGUUAGGAUUUCCCAUGGAAAUUGCAAUCUGUUUAAUUUAACAACUAUAUUAAACACAGUUUCACUUGUCAA